CACAUUAACCUUUCCAUCGUGUCUCUUUUGUCUUCCAGAACUUACGUUUCUUUCAACUUAUUUUCGCCGUUUCAGUCUACAAUGUCCUCACGGAUGGAUUCCCCCGGCACGCCAAGGCAGCGACAGGACUUGGAAGUAUGGCGGGAAGCAUGGGAAAAGGAAAUGGAAAAACUCCCUCCGGACGGGCGGUUCCCGUUUCCCGAUCCGCGCAAUUUCAGCGUCGCAACUCAGGCGCGUAAGGUCAUCGACCUCCUGGAGGAGCAUGGAAUCCCUUGCUGCGUCAUUGGAAUCAAGGCGCUGUGUUAUUACGGUGCUCCAAGAAUCGGCUCUGCGCUGGAAUUCUGUGUACCCACCGAACAACUUGCCGCUGCCGACUCCGUCUUUUCUAGCGGUCCGGAAAAGGAAAACUAUACUGCGUGGAGAGGGUUCCAACCAGGGGCUGAAGCCCGUGUGUCGGGCUCCCUUUACCAUACCUUCCCCCGGUACCGGUUAAACCACGACGGGCCUCUCUUCAACUUCUACCUUGUUCCUUCCAUCGACUGGCGCUUCAAUUGCAUUCCAGAGAACUUUGAAUACAGUGCCCAGCACCACCUCCCGUAUCCAAAGCUGCAUUUGUUUGCCCAGUCUCUGUUGGAAAGGCAAAGCGUCGGCGACCUCACCGACUUGGUCGACGGCAUGGACCUGACCGAGGAAUGGGGCGAAGAGAACCUCAAACUCGAGGACCCGGGCGAGGAUCAUGCGCAGUGGGUGGCAAAGAGGAACGAGAGAAUCCGGGCGGCGAUGCCACAGGAGGUCAAGGACGACCCCAUCAACAUCAUGUUCGGCACCGACGUCUACGAGCUGCGUGAAGGGCCGCAGGAGUUCAGGGACGUGUUCGCCGACGUGGUGCGGGCGAAGCCGAGGCGGAUCGGGCUCGAGGCUCCCCCGGGGCUGUAUGUCACCAAGUACCGGGCCAAGGACUCGCCUGAUCCGCGCACGAGGAUACGGUUUCAUGUCUGAGACUCCAAGUUGAGACUGAUGUCCCAAUCGGUUGUUCGUCAGCUUUUAUGUCAUUUUCCUUUAUUCUGACGCUUCUGGUGGGGUUACUAAAUUAGAACCGCACGGAGAGAACUUACCUAGGUAGACAACUUUCUAUAAACCAAUGAUAACAUUCAUACUAAACU